AGGAAGAGGAGGCGUGAAGGGUUAGAGGUGAGGGGACGCGAAGGAAGAAAUAGAGAAGCCUCCCCUAUUUGCAUUCUAACCCUGUAUCCCUCUCCCUUGUAUCUCUCGACAUCCGCCUUCAGAGGCUUUUCCCACAAUUCCCCUCCCGAUCCUCCAUCUUUUUGGCUGUUUUUGCUACUCUCUCGCGUCUUUUCGUUUCGAAUCGAGCUUGCCGGCAUCUAGGGUUCCUGAUAUCGUCGUAGAGAUUUAUAAUAAACUAUUGGUACUUCUAUGUUUUAAGUAGAAUUUAUUGCUAUGGAGGGCUUUGGAGGCUCUGGAUUCAAUUAUGUGAGUGCUGUAAUGAAGAAGCAGAGGAGUGCUACUUCAAGGCGGCCUCGGCCUGAGGUACAACUGAUUAUGGAGAAUCAGGAUAUGUCAUAUUCUUUAAACAAUUCAAGAAAAAAUUCUCCUGAUGAGAAUGGAGAAAGUGAUGCUGGAUUCCGGAGGAAAGAGUUUUAUGUAAACAACCGUCUUCCAAGGAGGUCAUCUGUUAACAAAACUAGAGAUAAAACAUCUUCAAAGAAGGUUAAGAGGGAUGACAAGACAUCUGGGGGUUUUGAUGAUGGUUGCUAUGGAAGUGGUUGUUCAGAAGGUGAGAAUGGACCUGAUUUGAAGCAUUGCAGUGAAAGUGCACUCACUCCAGGUAACUGGAAAAGCUCAGAUAAAACUAAAGAGAGCUUUGAAAUGCAGUCAAAAUCCCCAGAUGGCUGCCUGGGCAGGAGUGGUGAUGGUCAUGAUAUGCAUCGGCCCGAGGGAGCUCAAAGUGUAUCGGCUGAGAACAAGCUGAGAAAGGUGAAACUCAAAGUUGGUGGAGUCACACACACGAUACAUGCAAGAUCCAAUUUGGAGGCUGGUAAUGGUGGCUCUUCUACAAAGCCUCCACGUUCUUCUGAUGCUUUUCGGCAUUAUCAAAAGCUUAGCCCUCAGGAUAUCUCUAAUGGUCAUUCACAAGAAAAGGGGAAUGGCUUUCAAGGAGAUGCAUGGAAGGAUUCCAGUGGAUUAAGAUUUUCUCGUGGGGCAAAGGAUGUUUCUCUGAGAGAAGGCAUACCAGGAAAGCAAACAGACAAGUUUCAUGGUAUAUCUUCUUCUGAACCUCUUCGUAGAAGCAAGAGGCUGCCUAAGAGACAUGUUAGGGAUGGUGCAUUUGAUGAUGGUGAGGAAGAUGCCGAGAUCUGUUACCUUGAGAAGCUUAAAAGUUCCAAGGCUUCUGCAGAUCAAAUUGCAGAGUUUGAAGAUACCAGGGAGGAUGGUGUCAAGAAUCAGAAAAUUGCCAAACUUUCAAAAAAGAGGAAUACACCAUGUGAGUUGGAUGAGAACUAUGCUAUAUCACGAUCAAACAAGGAGAGCAGGAAAAUGCCAAGAUCAGGAAGGGAAUCUAAUGAUGUAGAUUAUAUUGAAGAGGAAGAACCUGGUUCUGCUGGUGGCCCUGAGGCCAAGAGAAAGAAAGAGAAGACAUCCGUAGACUCACCACCUGAUGUCAGAACUGAGCCUCUUACGACACGCCAACGUGCGCUUCAAUCUUGGAAACGUGGCAAUGACGAGAGUGUGAUUGAGUUCCCAAAUGGGUUGCCCCCUGCUCCUUCAAGAAAGCAAAAGGAGAAGCUUUCAGAAGUAGAGAUACAAGCAAAGAAAGCAGAAGCUGCUCAGAGACGUAGAUUGCAAGUAGAGAAGGCAGCUCGAGAAUCUGAGGCUGAUGCAAUCAGGAAAAUACUGGGCCUGGAUUCUGACAAGAGGAAGGAGGAAAAGAAGCAGAAAGAGCGAGAAGAAAAGGCUGCUAAAUCACAGGAAUUAGCAUUAAACAACAUCAGAUGGAUCAUGGGACCAACUGGCACAGUUGUUACAUUCCCUGAAGAUGUGGGCCUGCCGUGUAUAUUCAGCUCGAAGCCGUGCAGUUACCCACCUCCACGAGAGAAGUGUGCUGGCCCGUCAUGUACAAAUGAAUACAAAUACCGGGAUUCAAAGUCUAAACUUCCAUUGUGCAGUCUGCAGUGUUAUAGAGCAGUUCAAGGAAAUGCUUAACCGCUAACAACAUGUUGAUGUUUCUUACCAUGUAGGUGUUCUGCUGUUUUAGGAGCAGGUAAUCUGACAUUUAUAGCCUAACCCCACCUCAAAGUAGAUGAUUUUUCCCAUUUUUUCUUUUUGUUAUUACAUGUGUUAAGCUGAUUGGAAUUCAGCUUAUAUGUUUAGUGAUGACAAAGAUAUCUGUCAUAUCCUUCUGUUUCUUUGUGAAAGUGUUUGCUUUUUCUCCCCCUUUUUUGCCCUGUAAGUUGCUUCAAUUUUUAAAUCAUAAGGAUAUAUCCUUUCCAGA